UUAUUAUUUUGUUGGUCAAUAUAAAUUUUAUUCACAGAUAUAUGAAGCAAGCUUUGAAAAACAAAUUAUAGUUUUUAUUAAUAUUAUAAGCCCGGAUAUAAUAAAUUAUUAUAGUUACAAUACAUUUUAACAAUGGCUGAUGGAUUGAAUUUUACGAUGGGUGCUUUUCCUCCGAGUGCCAUAGAGUACUCAAGUACAGAGGCUGAGCCAUCGCAUUCAUCGGAUGUCCCCAUACCAAGUGUCUUGAUGUCGGGCAUUAUGAUCUUUGGUCAAAUGAUGUGGUGUAGAUUAAGCUCCAAUUGGGGAACUGUGAAAGGAAGAUCUGAAGCAGAAAUCGGGGAACCUUCUGAAAAAUAAGACUUCUCGCGCUAGAAGAACCAAAUACAUUCAUUGAUUGAAAGAAUUUAAUUGUAGUGCCGCCAAUCGUAUAGCACUGCUUUGUUUGCAUCAUGGUUUCGAAACAAUUUAAAUUGUUUUAUUGAGAACAUUCUCCUUUUCGAGUUGUUGGCUUAAAUUAAAAGUGCCCAGUCCCAAUUUCA